AUGCCCACGUCGCCGUCCCAAAACCCGCUGUCGGCGCUCCCACGAGGUAUCAUGGAGAAUCUUAGAGUUCUCGAGCUCGCGACGUACAUUGCCGGACCGGGAGCAAGUCUUAUUUUUACGGAGCUUGGUGCUACCACGAUUAAGGUUGAAACCCCGUCGACGGAUGGGUCUAGUGCUGGUGGCGAUCCUAUGCGACAGCUUCUGCUGCCCUUCGAGCCUGGCAGGCCCCAUAGUAGCAUUUUCGAGAUGUUCAAUCGCGGCAAGGAAAGCAUCUGCCUUGACUUGAAGUUAGAGAAGGAUAUGCAACUCUUCUGGGAGCUUCUCGAAGAUGCUGACGUUUUUAUCACAAAUGUUCGUAUUGAUUCCCUGUGUAGUCUGGGUAUUGACCACCGAACAGUGUGUGCACAGCUACCAUCGCUGGUUUAUGUCCUCAUGACGGCGUGGGGGACCAAAGGGCACGGAUAUCAGAAACCUGGUGUGGAAACAGACAGGGGCCUCAGACGCUUCUGGGCUGCCAUGAACCCGUGGUAUCGCGCACGCCUAUUGAACGCUGUCUCCAGAGGCGGCGCCGACUACCUGUGGGCCAAGUUGUCACCAUUUGAUCACUCGUCUAUGGUGGAGAGAUUGGCGCCUCUUCUGGGGUAUCUCUUUGAUGUCCUCGAGUCCUUCAUAUCGAAUCAUACUCUCGAGGAAAUGGAGCAUUUGGACGAAACUCACGACCUGUGGUUCACUAGGAUCAACAAGCCAGAUGAAGCGUGCCGUGUUGAGCAGGCCCACACUACCGGAAUAUGGGGUACUGCUGCUGAUGGGCAGAAGUUUGUCACCGCGCCAUUCAAUCUAUCCGAUUGCCCUCCGGUGCGAUCUGGAGUCCGUUUGAGCCCAGGCCCUUCUGCGGUCACGACCUCAUCCAAGCUCUAA